CGAAGAGGCACCGCCAAGGGGAGGCCAUCAUCGCGUCGCAAUCCAGGAUGUCGAAGAACACGGUGUCUUCGGCCCGCUUCCGGAAGGUGGACGUGGACGAAUAUGAUGAGAACAAGUUCGUGGACCAGGAGGACGGCAGCGAUGGCCAAGCCGGGCCCGACGAGGGCGAGGUGGACUCAUGCCUGCGACAAGGAAACAUGAAGAGUCAGGCCGUGAAGGACCGGGCAGGCAGCAUUGUCUUGAAAGUGCUCAUCUCUUUUAAAGCUAAUGAUAUUGAAAAGGCCAUUCAGUCUCUGGACAAGAAUGGUGUGGACCUGCUAAUGAAGUAUAUUUAUAAAGGCUUCGAGAGCCCAUCCGACAGUAGCAGAGCUAUGUUGCUACAGUGGCAUGAAAAAGCACUUGCUCCUGGAGGAGUAGGGUCCAUCGUUCGUGUUUUGCCUGCAAGAAAAACUGUGUAAUCCUCCAGCUGGAACUGGACGGCGUUCACAGCAGUGGGAGUUGCUGGUACAAAGACCAAAACAACCAAAUGGCACCACUGCUCUGUGGGUAGCAUCUGU